UAUAGCAUAGAGGAUGUUACUAUGUUUAGAUCAAUGACUAUUUGUUUUGUCAAAUAGGUUUAUCAAUAGAAUUAAUAUACGAUCAUUUGUAAAUCUCUAACGCUAUUCGGAAAGGUUGUUUUAUAUAUAAAUUAAUAAUUAUGCCUAUAAUAGUGAAAGAUUUUACUUGGACACAAACAAGUAAGACUUUACAUAUAAAGAUUCCGUUAACCUCUGGUAUCAAAGAAAAUUUAGAUAUAUUCACAACAGAUUCUUAUGUAAAAAUACAUUUCAAUCCAUUCCUAUUUGAAAUCUUCUUAUUACACGAUGUUGAUAAUGAUAAAAGCAAAUGUUUGGUGCAAACUGAUCAAGUAAUUUUAGAUUUAUUGAAAAAAGAUGAAUGCGAUUGGGAAUGUCUCGAGAAAAAAUUGGACAAAGGUGAAAAAAUGAAAAUAAGAGAAGAAAUACACGAGAAAUGUCAGGAACGUGCUAAACGAAAUGCUGAAGAGAGAAACAUUAAAAAGAGUCAGUUGGACAGGUUCACAGUGCAACAGGCGAUGGAAAUAGAUACAAAGCAGCAUAAUCUAAUGGAUUCUAGAAGAGAUAAUCAAAGGAAAAUGGCUAUGGAAGCCCUAGAGGAUUGGAGGCUUAAUAACACAGAAACUGUUGCUACUGUCACAGUUAAAGACAAAUUAUAUAAUCAAGAAAUAGAAAAAAAUAUGUCCGGAGUUAAAAUUGUCGAAUUACCUUCGACAGAAGAUGAAAUUGACCACAAAAAUAUAACAACAAAAUGCAGUGCAGAAGUAACUACGGAAAAGAAAUUGCAAAGUUACCCAAAAAAGCCGAUUAAAACACCAGUUAGAUCGGAAUAUAUAGAUAAGAAAAAACGAGAAGCAGCUAAGAGAAUAUUACCUAAAUUAAGAGAAACAGGCGAGUUGGAAAUUACGCAUACUCCUCGAACGUUCCCUACACCAAGUAGAGAAUCUACAGCUAAUGAAGAGGAGACAUGGUUGAAGAAUAUUACUCAGGCUCGGAGAGCUACAGGUUUCAUUUCUGAAGAUCUUCGGCCGGAGGAACAAGAUCCUCAAUGGUGUAAAGACAAGGGAGAUCAGUUUUUCCGUGCUGGCAACUUUUUGGGUGCGAUAAGUGCAUAUUCGCACGGUAUUACACUAUCGGAUAAACUCCCGAGCUUGUUCGCAAACAGGGCUGCCACUCACUUCGCUCUCGGAAACUUUAAUAAAUGUUUGACAGAUUGCUCGACCGCUCUGGACUUGAUGAGACCAGCGUGUGAAGGUAACCGCUUCAGUCGAGCCAAAUGCAUCGCUCGUAGAGCAGCCGCACUUGUUCGAUUAGGGUACCUCAGCAAAGCCAUUGACGAGAUGAAGGCAGCAGCUAAACUAUUGCCAGAAGACGAGAAAAUCAAAAAAGAUUUAUACGACAUGGAGAGGGCUUGGGAACAGAAUCCAGAUUCGGACUAAUUAUAUGCUCGUGUUUAAUUAAAAUAUUAUUACCAAUUAAAAAUUCUAUCCUAAUAUCAUUUUAUUGUCAAUAUUAUCGAAACUAAUAAUUAUAUAUUUAUACUAGCUAUUCUACGCGACUACUGCCAAUAAAAGUCCCUUAAAAAUCGGUCC